UGAAUGGGAACCGCAGUAACCCAGGUUCAGGAUAUUAAUCGGUGGAAUGAAACAGGCUACACCUGUGAUUUCAAACCACUACCGGUGCUGCUGAAACACUACAUUGGGUAAAGUUACCGACAACGUAGCCUGCAUCUUGCUGGCCCACAGUUUCGGCAGAUUUCAUUUUAGCGUAGCUUUUAUCAUAGGCGUUCAGGGCGGUGGCGUUUUAGCUGAUUCCAGGCCAGUCGUGCCCCUCCUGUGUUCCCCUUGGUGUUGAUGAGGGUCCUGCGAUGUCGGACCUCCCCUUUGGAGCUCGUGAUGCUUGGGGCCGUCUCGUUCCUGGUGCUGCUGAUCGUGAUUUGGGGGAACGCCGGGGGCGGGGGCCCCACUCCCAAGCCUUGGGUCCGUGGACUGCCUGACCAGAAGGGCCCGGUCGGGGUCAGAGGCGCGUUCGCCCAGCCCCCCCUCAGGGCCGCGGUCCUCCCUGCUUCGCGCCCCCGGGCGGCUCCGGGCAACGGCAGCUGCCCCCCCGGGUACUACAGCCCGGCGGAGCUCAGGCCCCCCGCGGAGAGGCCCGCCCAGGACCCCCUGAGCCCCGGGGCCGACGGGGGGGCCUUCCCGGGGGGCCGGCUGUCGGGGCCGGAGCUGAGGGAGAAGAUGGACGGAAUGGCCCGGAACUUCUUCAACCAGUUCGCCAGCGACCGCAUCUCGCUGCACCGCAGCCUGGGCGCGGACUCGCGGCCGCCCGAGUGCGUGAAGCGCGUGUUCCCCCGAUGCCCCCCUCUGCCCACCACCAGCGUCAUCAUCGUCUUCCACAACGAGGCCUGGUCCACCCUCCUGCGCACCGUCUACAGCGUGCUCCACACCGCCCCCGCCGUCCUCCUCGCCGAGAUCCUCCUGGUGGACGACGCGAGUACUGCAGAUCACCUGAAAGGCCGCCUGGAGGAGCACGUGCGGACGCUCGAGCGCGUGCGGGUGCUACGGCAGCGGGAGAGGAAGGGCCUGAUCCAGGCCCGGCUGCUCGGGGCCAGGGAGGCCCGAGGCGAGGUGCUCACCUUCCUGGACGCCCACUGCGAGUGCUUCUCCGGCUGGCUAGAGCCCCUGCUGGCCCGGAUCGCCGAGGAGCCCGUUGCCGUGGUGAGCCCCGACAUCCCCGCCAUCGCCCCGGACACCCUGGAGUUCCGCCGGCCCGUGGCCGACCGCCGCUCCUUCGCCCGCGGCAGCUUCGACUGGAGCCUGAACUUCAGCUGGGAGCCAAUCCCAGAGCGGCAGAGGAGGGGCCGCAGAGACGAGACCGCCCCCGUGGAGACACCUGCCUUUGCUGGGGGCCUGUACUCCAUCUCCAAGUCCUACUUUAACCAUAUCGGGUCCUACGAUGACAAGAUGGAGAUAUGGGGAGCCGAGAAUGUGGAAAUGUCUUUCAGGGUUUGGUUGUGUGGUGGGCGUUUGGAGAUCAUACCCUGCUCAGUUGUGGGACACAUCUAUCGGCAGAAGAGUCCGCACACCUUCCCCAAUGGCACCGAGGUGGUUAUCCGUAACCAGGUGCGCUUGGCUGAGGUCUGGAUGGACGAGUAUAAAGAGGUCUUCUACCGCCGGAACAAAGUGGCACAGGUCAUCGCCAGAGAGAACAAGUUUGGUGACAUUUCUGAGCGCCUCGGUCUCCGGGAGAGGCUGCGCUGCAAAAACUUCUCCUGGUACCUGGAAAACGUCUGUCCCGAGGCCUACGUGCCCGACCUCGCCCCGCUCAUGUACGGAAUGAUCAGAAACGCCGCCUCAAAGACCUGUCUGGAUGUGGGACAGGGUAACGCCGGAGGGAAGCCGUUGAUCGCCUUCGCCUGCCACAAUAUGGGAGGGAAUCAGUACUUUGAGUACACCUCCAAAAAAGAGCUGCGCCACAACGUGAGGAAGCAGCUGUGUCUGCACAGCGCCUCGGACCGGGAGCCUGUGCGUGUCCAAGCCUGCCAGCUGCCCGGCCUCGGAACCAGCGUGCCCCCCGCACAGGCGUGGGACGUCACACAGACCCACCUGUUGAGAAACCCGUCCACUGGGAGGUGUUUGUCCCUGAUUGGCAACCAGGUCUUAAUGGAUGCCUGCAACCCAGCGGACCUGUACCAGCAAUGGGCCUUCAUCUGACCCGACCGUGCCGUAAAGGUGUGGGGAUGGGGGCUGGGGGAUGGGCAAAGAGCUGCAAACAAGGCAUCAGUAACUUUAUGAUGUCAUCCAAGCAGUCGACCAAAAACAAACCGAACGGAUGGUAGGAAAUCACAGAUCCUUUCCUUCCAUGGUCACAAACAGCACUGGAUAGGAUAUGAAGGUUUAAUAACUGCAACUGCUAAAUAACUGCAGGAAUGUGAGGAUGUAACCACUGGAGGGCAUUUCACUUCCACCAAACGGAAGGUGCAGACGAGUAUUCAUUCUUUGUUGCCAUACGUCCCUGGGUGUGAAGAGUGCAGGCAAAAGUAGUGCUGAGAAACAGCCUUUCAGCGGUUUUCCUCAUGCAAAGUGCCUCUCCCUACUCAUGGUUUUGCACUUCAACAUUGUGUCUGCAGUGUGGAGAAUGAGUCAAUAAAUGCUUGAAACUGUUUGGGGAAA